CUGUUUUUGACAGCUCCUAACUGCAGAAAUCAAGAUAAUUUAAUUGAGUUUGAUUUUUCCGAUGAUUUGUAUUUUUUAUGAGUAAAUAAUGACUUUAGCUUGGCUCAAUUUUCGAAAAUUUCUAAAAUUGAUUUCGAAAAAGUGUCGACGGUGGAGAAAUUUUCGAUAAAAACAAAACUAAACUAAACAAAACUUCUGCUUUUACUUAUCUAUUAAAUACUCAUCAUCAACUUGUAUCAGAAUAAUCUAACCAUCUUGUUGAAAAUCGUGAAUUAAAUCUAAAGUUAAUUGAAUUAUUACCUCCACGGUACAUACGACAUAAGCUCAUUGAAUAAAAACAAAAAUGUUGAGAAUUCAACAUAAUUCUGCGACGAUAGCAAGGAGACUUAUGUCUCAACAUGUCGAGAGACCAUCACCAAUGGUUGACAAAUUUGUUAGAGUCGACCAUGCUGGUGAAUUAGGAGCUGAUAGAAUAUAUGCUGGUCAAAUGGCAGUUUUAGGCCACACAAAAGUUGGUCCAACAAUACAACAUAUGUGGGAUCAAGAAAAAGUUCAUCGAAAUGAAAUGGAACGUUUAAUCAAAAAACAUCGAGUUCGUCCGACGAUUAUGGUUCCCUUCUGGAAUGUUGCUGGUUUUGUGCUUGGAGCUGGAACAGCAUUGAUGGGUGAAAAGGCAGCAAUGGCGUGUACGGUUGCUGUAGAAACUGUAAUCGUUGAACACUACAACGAUCAAUUAAGACAACUCAUGGAAACCAAAAAUCCAGAUAAGGAACUUCUGGAAGUUAUUACAAAGUUUAGAGAUGAAGAACAAGAACAUCAUGACUGCGGAAUUGAUCAUGGAGCGCAACAAGCACCUUUUUAUGAAGCACUUACUAAUGUUAUUAAGUUUGGUUGUAAAACUGCCAUUAAAAUUUCGGAGAAAAUUUAAUUACGAACACCAAAUAAACCACGCAAAAUUAUAGUGAAAACAUUUUCAUCUGCGUGUACUGAAUUUUAAAUCCUUAAGACAUUACAUAUUUAAAAUAUGAACAUGAAAUUGACUAAGAUUUGCAUUUUAUUCGGGAAUAAAUUGUAAUUUAAAUGAAUAUUAAUUCAUCUUUAAUUAUGCAUAAUUAUAGAAUUAAACUCACUACCCACAGAUUGAACUUAAUUAAUUUUCAAAUUACUUUCAGAAUCGUCUUCGGUACCAUUUUGAAGUGGUACAAUACGUUCCAG